AUGCAUCCUUGCGACUUUCAGAGAGGUUCGCCCGCCACCUCGCCCACUCCGAACGCCCCAACAGGUCGAGGUGAAAAUGCCCUGUGGGUCGGUAACAUCCCGUCAAAUACCAGUGUCAUGCGUCUCAGAGACUAUUUCUCUGGCGCCAUGCAAUCACAACAUGACUUGCUCAGCAUCUCCUACAACCCCGAUGCGAGAUACGCAUUCGUCAAUUUCCGAACCGACUCAGCGCGCAUGCUCGCAAUACAGCAGGCGGCAUAUCACCUCUUUGACGGGAAGCGACUGGACUGUCGCAUCCGUCAGAACGGCUCCAGCAGAUCGACCAAAGUCAACUAUGGUCUCGACUCGGGACGUCCAGCUCAAUCCAUAUCGAUAUCCAGUGAUGCGCCCAGCACUCUGCGGCAUAAAGUGGAGGAGCUCUUACACUUCCCCGAAGCAGACAGCGCUCAAUACGGCAAGGAGAAAUACUACAUCCUGAAAAGCUACUCACUGGAGACUCUUUACCAAAGUCUCGGAUCUGGACUCUGGCACGUUCCCAAGCGGCAUGUCGAGCGACUCAAUAACGCCUUUCAGACAGCCAGCAAGGUCUACCUGAUCUUCUCUGUGAAUGGCUCAGGCCGCUUCUUCGGCUAUGCGGUGAUGCGGGCCGAAAUCACAGAUGAAGAACGCCUCCCUCCGUCUGCCAACGAAAAUCACUUCUCAACGCACCUGGUGCAGGAACCCUACGACAGCGAAUUGACAGAGUCUGGCAGCGAUUCGCAAUCGGAGUCCCCUUCACGGAGGCAAUCGCUUUCGUCCUGUGACACAUCUCCAUCAACUGGAUCGAUAUCCUACGAGCCCCAGAGAAGGAAGAUAAUAUGGCAGGCAUGGUCGUCGCCGCGUUGCCCGAGAAGUCGCUCAACCUCAGACGGCUCAUGUCCGUUGCCGAACCCUGUUACGUCGCCGAACUCGUUCGACUCGCCGAGCUCGAAUUCCCUCUCCUCAGACCUGACGAUCUGGACUCGGCCUUGCCGCAUAAAAUGGCUCUCGACGCAAAGCGUACCUUUCGAAGAAGUCCGUGGUCUCAGAAAUCUCUGGAACAGCAACAAGGAGAUUCACGUGGCGAGGAACGUCACGCCCGUGGAACCCGCCGCUGCGGCAACGUUGCUGGGGUACUGGAAAGGAAGCGAACAAUCCACAAGGCUCGGGAGAAUCGGUUUUGACACCAUCUGA